UACCAAUAUCCAAUUGCAUUUUCAUUUAUUCAAACACAAACCAUCACAUCCUUUUCAACAUCUUGAAUUCAAACUGUUUGUGCGUGUUUUUUCAGUGAUGUCCGUUAACUUUUUUUUAGCCACAAUCGCACGGCCGUCUAUCGAUUCAGUUUUUUUUUUUCAACUCUUCCAAUAUUUGACACACAAAUUUCAAGCAUGUAAAUGGACAGUUAUCGCAUUGUUUUGUUUUUCGUUUUAAAAAUUGGAACAAGUUCUUCUUGAAAUGGACAUUUCUGUAAAUGAACAAGUGUACUUAACUGCAGUAACCGUUUGUAACCGCUAAAAAAUUCAUAACGCAUACAAUUUUCAUAACACAGUGAUUUGAGCCCACACUUUGUUUUGUUUUGUUUCGUGGUAUAAAUUUGAAAGUCUACCAUUGCCGUUGCAACGUUGAUUGAAGAAGAAACGCAACGAAACAAAACCCAAAAUUUUCAAUUACAAUCCGUAGAAGUGUCCGUGUAAAUGAAUGAAAAUAUGAUGAAUCGCGUUUGCGGGCGGUAGCAUGGAAUUAGCUCUGCAUGGAUCGCAGAUUAACCUAGCAACGCGUGACAAAGCAACCGCCGCAAUACCUGUGAAUUAUCCAAUAUUUUUGAAACGUCCCGGUUCGGCUAGUGUCACAUUGACCACACCGAGCGCUCAACUAGCUGCAACCAAUAAAAUUUUGUUGGCCCGUGCACAUUCGUUGCAGUGUUUGCAACAGAAACAACAAACACCAUCGAAAUUUUAUCGGCGCGCUGCAUCCGCCGAUUGCGGCAAAUAUCAACGGAAAGCAGCAGCGGCACAACACUCCAAAACUAGCCCACAUUUGUCAUCGAACAAGUCGAUAUGUAACGGUAACAGUCAUAAGGAAAAACGAGCCUUAUCAUCAUCAAGUCUAUACAGAUUUUUGUUGUCUGAACCGAUAAAGCGAAAUACUUGGAUGUCGAAUGAACAUAGCAAAACGGAUUCACCAGCUAAACUAGCUGAAGACGAUGAUGGUUCGGAUGCGAAUGUGUUGUCGAAACAAUCGAAAAAUAGUGGUGAGGAUACAUCGGACGACAGUCCAUCAUCGAUAGCCGAGGAAAUUGGCGACAACGACAACGAUACGACAAACGAUGACGAAAUUGACCAUAUCAUGGAACGCGAUUCGAAACUGGAGCAAAUUCCAACGAUCGAGAAUGAGAAUGCGGCCAGUAGCAGAGGUAGCAGCAGCAGCAGUAGCAGCACAACAAUCACCGUUCCGCCACAAAGUAAUAUUGCAAAGGAUGAAGAUGCAACGUCAAUUAGGCCAAAAUCGGUUGGUACGAGUCGGCCAAAGUGUAAGGCGGAUGCAAAGCAAAAAGCGACUGUGAUAAAAGCGAAAACAUCAUCAUCUGUCAAUUCGAAUAAUAAGCUCAAGUUGGCCAAAUCCAGUGGUAAACAAGUGUCAAUAUUACAAACGGAUGGCGGUAGAGAGAAGAGGCUGGGAGCGACGAUGACAACAUCAUCGCCAUCGAGUUCGGUGGAUGGUGGUGGUGGUGGUGGUGGUAGUAGUAGUGGCAAGAGUAAACCACAUGAAAUGAAAUCCGCUUAUGUACCGCCGCCGGCCUCACCCACUGCUAGCGGUUUCAACACACUCAAAGCCGAUUUGCCGGGGCGAGUUUCGUUCAGCAAAAACGACGUUUACGAGAUAGAUUACAGCGAUAUUGAGAAUGACACGGACACAAGCCGCAGUUUGGAUCUCAACGAACCGUUUCGCAAGAAGAACGUUCAUUUCGAAGACGAAUAUUUUGAUGAUGACGAUAACGAUGUCGAUGGUCGCAUGGACGACACUCUUACCGCUACUACCACCACUCACAUGGAUGUGAAAAAACAUACAGCAUUUAAUCAAACAUCAAUGCAUCGGAAUCUGAACACGGCUAAGGAGAUUAGUGAGUCGAGCAAUUUGUUAACCGACGAUAAAGAGUAUUGUCCAUUAAAGUGUAGUAGUUUGCGGUGUAAGGCCGAUAUGCGUUUGGAUGUAUUGCCAGAGGACAAUGAAAAUGGAAGCACAACGCAGCCGAAUGAUAGCUCCGAAAAAAUAAUCGAAGAAUACAAACGAGAAAUUGAAAGUAUCAAUCGGCAGCAUGAACGGGAACGACGAUGGAAUGAGAGUAAAAUAAAUGGUGAUGCAACCGCAACAUAUUCCGACUAUUUGAAUGGAAGUCCAGCGCGUAGUGAACGGAAAGAGAGCGAGAAACAGCCGAAAGAUGAAUGGCAUUCAGGUGGCAGUGAUUCGUGGUCAUCGCCGAAUCAUGAAUCGACUGCAAAUUUAGUUAGUAAAACGAAAGUAACCACCACCACCACCACUGCUACCACCGCAAGCAAUACAUCCGAUGAAUCACCAACACGAGACUCGGCCAGCACUGUAAUCAAUAAUUAUCUCAAAAUUACUAAUCAAAAAUCAAUUGGCUCAUCCAAACCCAGUUCAGCGACGAUCAAACUGAAAACAACGAAAAAACUGGCCACCCCAUCGAAUCGUAAAAUUAAAUCAGCACAAGCCACCACCGCUUGCGAUGCCAAACCCACCACAGCCAAUCGUUUGACAAAAGCCAAAUCGGUUGGCCAUCUGCAACGUGUUACCGACAUUAAGCUCAACGAAUUUCAAAUUGAUAAGGUCGAAAGUUGGAUGUCAACACACGAAGAUACAUUCAGCGAUACGGGACUCAAUAGCUUUCGUCGGUAUGGCAAAUUUGGCAGCAGUUCAAAUUUGGAUUAUAAAAAAACGUGGCGCGAAACGCCAACAUCAAAAACCGACGAUGAAGGCAAUUAUAGCCUGGACGAUCAAGUGGAUAACACAUCGAUGGAUGGAUCGAUUGGUGGCGGUAUUGAACUCGUUCUCAAAAAACUCGAAGGUCGUCGCAUGCAAAUUUCAUUCGAUCCCAUCAAAAGCGCCACUUCAGCACCAUCACUAUCGGCAGCCAGUGAAGCAUUUCAACACAAGUCAUGUUCGGGGACUUCGAAUGCAAACUUGAAUGAACACUCCAAUAAAAUCAAAGAAAUCUAUCAAUACUUGGACGAAGUGGAUCAUAAUUGCGAUCGAACGAUAAAUAAUGUGAAGCAACAGAAGAUGCCCGAUGCGGAUUUUCAAACGGAAAUUGACUAUAACAUCGGUAACGACACCGUCGGUGAUGUACCAAAAUUGAGUGAGUUGAUGUUGUUAUCGAGUGAACAGUUGGCUCGCAAGGUAAUUGGCUUAAGUUUGCGAACAAAUGAGCUGACAAAUGCGAUACAAUUGUCAAAAGACCACAUGGAUAAAAUCCGUAGUGAUAAUCAAAAAACGAUUCGGCUGGAAAAGCAAAUGGGACAAGCCCGCUUAAAAGAGCAGAAGAAUCAUUACGAAACGAUUGUGACACGGCACCAAGAAUUCAUCGAACAAUUGCUCAAAGACAAAGCAUCGCUGUGUGAAAAGGUGUCAGCGAUGACAAGACGUCUGGAAAGUCAAUCGAUAGCCGCCGAACAUAAACUACAAAAUGAAAUUCAACGAAUCAAAGAAACGGCAUUGGCUGCCGAAAAAAUUCGCCGGGAACGAUGGGUACGCGAGAAUACGAAAAAAAUUAAGGAGCUGACGGUUAAGGGUUUGGAACAGGAGAUAAGCAAAAUUACAUGCAAUCAUCAAAAGGAAAUUACUGAGUUGAAGCGUCAACAUCAAGAGGAAAUUUUGAAUGCCAUUGAAGAGGCACGGCAAAAGCACGAAUCACUCGAAAUGGGAAUUCGUGAAACGUAUGCCAAAGAUCGGGAAGUGGCCAUUGAAAAAGAACGAAAUGCCAUCCGUGAUAGAUUUGAAAAGCAAAUGGAAUUGGAGCAAAGGACAUUUGAAGAUGCCAAAAAUCGUAUACUCAGCGAAUUUUCCGCGGAAAAAGAUCGACUGCUCAAGGAAAUACAGCAUAAAGAACAAGAAUUGGAUGCGCAACGUGAGAAAUUACUGCGAGAUAAAAAGGAAACGGCCGAACAUUUGAAUCGAGAAUUUAAUGAGAAAGUUCGAAUGAUUGAAAAACGAAAUCAGUGUGAAAUCGAGUCAAUAUCAAAGCAAUUCGAGUCUGACUUUGCGAUAUGGAAACGUGAACAAGAGACAACAUUUAAAUUACGUCAAAUCGAAGAGGCGAAUAGCAUUCGUCAGCAAUGCCGUGCCGAACGAGAUAAACAAAUCGACUCGAUUGUAGCGAAAAUCGACGAAGAGACUCUGAUACACAAACAGGAAUUUGAAGCGAAAUUCAACCGCUUGAAAAGCCAACAUGAGAGCGAAUUGCGUGAAAUGGAACGAAGUGAGCGGCAAACGCGUGAAAAGUACGUGGAGACACGUUCGAAAUUAGCUCAAGUUGAAGGCGAAGUGAAAAACUUACAUGCAACAAUAAACCAAUUGGAAAUGCAGCUGGCUCAUACACAAAAGAUGUGCGAUAACUUUAUGACGGAAAAGGAGCAUUUCAAAGAUGCGGUGCGUAAGGAGCGUGACGAAGAGAUCCAAGAGAUUCACAAGCGUGUACAAAGUGCCAUCGAAAAGAAAGACGGAUCGUUGGAAGUAAUAAUCAAAGAGAAUGCAUCGUUAAAAGACCGUUGUAUCAAAUUGGAGGCGAUAGUGAGGCAACAACGAAAAGACUAUUGCAUCAAGUGAAGCGAGACAUCACUAGAAAGCGCGCGCGCGGGCACGUUUACAGUCUUCAUAGACUGUACUCUUUAAAUUUCAUCGAAUGCCAUGUUUAUCAUGACCGAUAUUAUUUUAUUUUGACGACCGAAAUUAUUUACAACCGAGUAGAGAGUGUGAGACAAAAGCGUGUCAACUCAAAAACCGACGAGAUAUAAACUGGUGUUUGUUCGUUUUGUUUUUUGUAGACAGACCAAAAAAAAAUAGAGAGAUAAUAGAAAUGUGCUAAACUGUUAUUUGUAAAGAAAUUCACUGCCGUUUUAGUAAUGUAAAAUGUUGACAGAGUGGAAUUGGAUAUUUUUGUCGCCGUCGUCAUCUGGGUGGGGGCGUAAUAAUUGCGCUGUGCAACAUUCCUUGAACGAAUGUUGCGGUUUUCUCUUGACAAAACCAAACCUCAAAACAAACCAUCGAACACAAUUACUUUAAUAUUAUUUAGUAAAUGAUUCAUGGAAAUCUCUCUGUAAAUCAAAGAGUUUUAUUGCAUCGGAUCGAUCAUCGUAGCAACAAAUACACAACCGAGUGAGUAAUACCAAAAAAAAAAACAAACAAAUAAUUUUAGUUGAAACGAACAGAAAAAAAAGAAGAAA